AUGGAUUUUCCGCGGCCGAGUUUGGUUAAUGGUGGUAUGAGUAACUGCCUGCCUUGUCGUUUCACCCAUGCAGGAAUCAUCUCCCCCAGAUUUUGGGAUCACUCCACUUAUUCUAAUCAUCGACUCAUCAACAAUGUCUCUCCAAUUGCCACUUUGACUUGCAAUCCUCCACGAUUUCUGCUUUCCACGAAACCAACACUUGUCCCCUUCUUUCCAUUUAGGUCACAUUGUCUAGGUGAUGCUCGCAAUGUUGAAACUAAUCUUCUAAACGAUGAAAGCCAAUCUGACAGUUUGGAGGAACUUAGGGAGUUACUGCAAAAGGCUACCAAAGAAUUGGAAGUUGCUAGGCUCAAUAGUACCAUGUUCGAAGAAAAGGCUCAGAGAAUUUCUGAAACUGCCAUAUCGCUCAAGGAUGAAGCCGCUACUGUUUGGCUUCAGGUUAACACUACCCUUGAUGCCAUUCGCGAUACUGUUGAUCAGGAAUCUCUUGCUAAUGAAGCUGUUCAAAAGGCUGCUAUGGCCUUAUCUCUCGCUCAGGCUAGGCUUCCUGUUGUUGAGGAAUCACUUGAAGAAGCAGCUGUAAGUAGUAAUGGUAUUCUAGAACCCUCUCAAGACACUGAGAAAACAGAUCCUCUUAAAGACAAGGAAGAAGCCCUUUUAGCUGCCAAUGAUGACAUCAAAGAAUGCCAACUCAACUUAGCCAGUUGUGAAGCUCAACUGAGUGGUUUGCAGAGCAAAAAAGAUGAGCUGCAGAAGGAAGUGGACAAGUUGAAUGACUUCGCUGAGACCGUACAGAUCGAUGCCUUGAAAGCAGAGGAGGACGUUGCUAAUAUCAUGAAACUGGCUGAACAAGCUGUCGCCUUUGAGCUUGAGGCUACUCAACGUGUUAAUGAUGCAGAGAUUGCUUUGCAGAGAGCUGAGAAGUCCCUCUCCAUCUCGCAGGACCCAGAAGAAGCUCAAGGCCAACUUUCGGAUGGAGAAAAUCCUCUCCAGGAUGAGGUGUUAGUCUCAAGUAAUGUAGAAAGUGGUCGCUAUCAGGUUGAAAGAGAAUCAUUGAUACUUGAAGAUAUCUCAGCGGUGUUGAAGACAGCUGAUCAUUUGCCUGAUUAUACUGGUCAGAAGGCUCAAAAGGUGGUAACGCAGCCUUCUGAUUCAAGCCAUCAUGAGAAUGGAAAGACAGGCGUAGAGUCCUCUAAAGUGGUCGGAUCAGAUUCUGAGAAGUCAAAGAUUCUGAGAAAACAGGAAACACAGAAAGAUCUGCUUAAAGAGGGUUCUUCUCUUAAUACACCCAAGGCAUCGUUUAACAAAUCCUCUCGUUUCUUUUCUGCAUCUUUCUUCUCUUCUAGUUCAGAUGGGAAAGCGACAGUGUUUGGGAGUCUGGUUGAUUCUGUCAAACAUCAAUGGCCCAAGCUAGUUCUUGGGUUUGCACUUUUCGGCGCAGGACUGACAUUAUACUCCAAUGGAGUAGGGGGUAACAAUCAGCUGCUUCAACAGCCAGAUGUUAUCAUCACUAGUACAGAAGAUGUCUCUUCCAAGAAGAAGCCAUUGAUCCGGCAAGUGCAGAAACUUCCCAAGAAAAUUAAGAAACUGCUUGAGAUGAUCCCUCACCAGGAGGUCAAUGAGGAAGAAGCUUCGCUUCUCGACUUUUUGUUCUUACUGCUGGCAAGUGUCAUAUUUGUACCUCUAUUUCAGAAAAUUCCUGGAGGCAGUCCUGUCCUUGGGUAUUUGGCAGCUGGAAUUCUUAUUGGCCCUUAUGGUCUUUCGAUUAUCCGUAAUGUGCAUGCAACCAAGGCCAUUGCAGAAUUUGGAGUUGUUUUCUUGCUUUUCAACAUUGGCCUUGAGCUAUCUGUUGAAAGACUAAGUUCCAUGAAGAAAUAUGUUUUUGGAUUAGGCUCUGCACAGGUUCUGGUGACGGCAGCAGUAAUUGGAUUGAUUGCCCAUUAUGUUACUGGUCAGGCUGGUCCAGCGGCAAUAGUUAUCGGAAAUGGCCUGGCACUGUCUUCCACUGCUGUUGUUCUUCAGGUUCUACAAGAACGGGGUGAGAGUACAUCUAGACAUGGGCGGGCUACAUUUUCCGUCUUGCUCUUUCAGGAUCUAGCUGUAGUUGUUUUACUGAUUCUCAUCCCACUUAUCUCACCUAAUUCAUCGAAAGGAGGGAUUGGGUUUCAAGCAAUUGCUGAAGCUCUUGGACUUGCUGCAGUCAAAGCUGCAGUUGCUAUUACUGCUAUAAUUGCUGGUGGUCGUCUUCUUCUUCGGCCAAUCUACAAGCAAAUUGCAGAAAAUCGAAAUGCCGAAAUAUUCUCCGCCAACACACUUCUUGUUAUCCUUGGGACUAGUUUACUGACAGCUAGGGCUGGACUGUCCAUGGCAUUAGGAGCGUUUUUGGCUGGUCUACUCCUUGCGGAGACAGAAUUUUCCUUGCAAGUGGAAUCAGAUAUUGCUCCAUAUCGUGGUCUUCUGCUGGGACUCUUCUUCAUGACGGUUGGUAUGUCUAUUGAUCCGAAACUUCUUCUUUCUAAUUUCCCUGUCGUAGUGGGGGCUUUGGGAGUCCUGAUAGUGGGCAAGACUAUAUUAGUCGUUAUCAUGGGCAAAUUGUUCGGAAUUUCAAUCAUAUCGGCAAUUAGAGCCGGUCUUCUUCUGGCCCCUGGUGGAGAGUUUGCAUUUGUUGCUUUUGGAGAAGCUGUCAAUCAGGGUAUAAUGUCACCUCAGUUAUCUUCGUUACUGUUUCUUGUUGUGGGAAUCUCAAUGGCUAUCACACCUUGGUUAGCUGCUGGUGGCCAGUUAAUUGCAUCCCGUUUCGAGUUGCAUGAUGUUCGAAGUUUAUUGCCAGUUGAAAGUGAGACGGAUGAUUUGCAGGACCACAUAAUUAUUUGCGGAUUUGGACGAGUUGGUCAGAUAAUUGCUCAGCUUCUAUCAGAAAGACUUAUCCCAUUCGUUGCCCUAGAUGUUAGCAGUGAUAGAGUGACUAUCGCGCGCUCCAUGGAUCUUCCUGUUUAUUUUGGAGAUGCUGGUAGUAGAGAGGUUCUCCACAAAAUUGGAGCUGAGAGAGCAUGUGCUGCUGUGGUUGCUUUAGACGCACCCGGAACAAAUUACAGAUGUGUCUGGGCUCUGAGCAAGUACUACCCCAAUGUCAAGACUUUUGUCCGUGCACACGACGUUGCUCAUGGUCUUAACCUUGAAAAAGCUGGUGCUACUGCUGUUGUACCGGAGACGCUGGAGCCAAGUCUACAGUUGGCAGCUGCUGUUCUUGCUCAGGCCAAAUUACCAACAUCAGAAAUAGCAAACACGAUCAACGAGUUCAGAACCCGUCACUUGUCUGAACUAACGGAGCUAAGCGAAGCAAGCGGAAGCUCUCUGGGCUACGGUUUUUCGAGGACGACGAAUAAGCCAAAACCUCAAGCUUCGGAUGCGUCUGAGGAGAACCAGAUCUUGGAAGGAGGUGAUACACUGGCGAUCUGA